AUGCUUCCUCGUGCUGCCGCGAGACCCCAGCUGUCCGUUUGCAUUGCUGCGGCACAGAAUGCCACUCGACCCUCCUUGUCUCUCAAGUCUCCCGGUCCUCUACCUCGCACUCCUAUUUCCCCGUCGCCCCUCAGUCCCAAUGCGAAGCGGCAUUCCUCGCUGCAAGUCCCGGCCUACAACUACACCAACUCAUGUUCGUCCAAGAGCAUCCUCAAGAAACAGUCGGCCAUGGGCGCCAACGGCACUGCCAAGAGACACAUUCAAUUCAAGGGUACGCCCACAGUGCAUUGCGUGACGCCCAUUGAAAAUCCCGAGGAAUACUACGGCACUCACACCAAGGUGUCGCGCGAAGAGCGACGCUGGACCGUACGGGAAUGA